CAAGUGCCAAUUUUUUAAAAGAAGAAGAAAACCUCCUCCCCACCCUGUUUUCCUGACAAAUGAACAGACUGAAAAGAUUUUAGAACUAUUACACACGUUUAUUAAGGAAGAACGUGCAACAUGUAAUUUUUCAAUGUGACUUUCUGCAACAUCUGCUGUUCUUGAUGGGAGGAUGGUGCAUUACUUUUCACACUUACCAACCCUUUGUGCACUUGAAUGACCUGAAGAUUCUUUGCACUGCUGCUGUUCCCAGCGAGCUGGCAGACGCAUGUCGCGAAUCAGGACCACGCUCAGCAGCGUCACCAAGGCGGUCGGUAGCGCAGACCUCAUUGCUAGGUUUUCCCGCCUUAAGCCCAGCAGUGGCCCGGUUGACUGCGCCCAUGCAGAAAAGGAUGCAGUAAAAUUUGCAGCCUCGGAAGGUACCAUGAAACCAACAGAAGAGGACUCUGUGGAGGAAGAGUCGGACGAAAAGCAGCAGAAAAUGUCUGAAAAGCUACCUGGCGCCACCACGAGUUCCACAAGCUCUUCCUCGAAUGUGGUGAAACAAACCAUGCCACUAUUUCACCAGUCAGCUCUGUCAAUCAACGUGGACGAGACCUACAACAGUCUGACUCAGCACAUCAACAGUUACUUUGGCACCAACGUCCAAGUGGGAAGUGGUGAAAAAAAAAAUUGUGGAGAAAUGGACGGCCCUGUUUCCGAGUCUGUUCUCAACCCUCGCCUUUGUAGAACAAGGGAUCACAUCCCGGUUUUGUCUCCAGUGGCAGAUCCUAAGUGUACUACCUCGCCUCGUCCUACCGCUACAACAGAAAAGCUCAGCCCUCCUGGCGCCAUGCCUUCAUCAAAUGCGACUGCGAAAGAAACUGCUGUUCAUUCCAGCCAGGCGCCUCCCACCUCAUCUAAAAAAGGCUUCACCCAGUAUCUCUCCUACCCUCAGCCCAGCGUCCAGGCUUUUGUCGGCAGCUACAUAGCGCCGCUGGUUCCUAAGUUCAGAGGGGAUCCUAAAGGCAUCCCAGUUGACAAGGUUUCGACAGCCGGUGCUGCUGUGGAAGAACCUACUGUGGAGAAAACGGAGAGCAAGGAGGAGAAGCGAGACAAGGCCAAGGAACUGCUGCAAUCUCAAAGGGAGAAGAUAAUAGCCCGAGUGAGUGUAGACAACAGGACCAGAGCCCUGGUGAAAGGUCUGCAGCGGGUCACCGAUGUUCAGCUCCUCACCAGUCGGGUGGAGGAGCUCAGCUAUCAUCUCCUGGAGUUCCCCGAAACACGAGGCGUGGCCGUAAUGGAGCAUGCGCUGCCUUGCCUGCUAUGCUUGCGUCAGAGCCGAGACCUUCCUCUCCAGGCGGCCGUCAGAGAAGCACUCGCUCUGGUUGGCUACAACGAACCAGUCAAAGGCAGAGGCAUUCGGGUCCUGGCCAUAGAUGGAGGGGGAACGAGAGGGAUGUUGGCUCUACAGACUCUUCGUAAACUUCAGGAGCUGACUGGAAAGCCGGUCCACCAACUCUUUGACUACAUCUGUGGAGUCAGCACGGGUGCCAUCCUGGCCUUCAUGCUGGGGAUCUUUCAGAUCCCUUUGGAAGAGUGCGAGGAGAUGUACAGGAAGCUGGGUUCGGAUGUCUUCAAGCAGAACGUCAUCGUUGGAACCGUGAAGAUGGGCUGGAGCCACGCUUUCUAUGACAGUGAAAUCUGGGAAAACAUCCUGAAGGAACGGAUGGGUGACGGGUUUAUGAUUGAGAGUUCCAGGGAUCCACAUUGCCCUAAAGUGUCAGCAGUGAGCACGAUUGUGAACAGGGGUUUGCCUCUCAAGGCCCAUGUAUUCCGGAACUACACCUUCACACCAGGAGUGAGAUCUCACUACCUCGGUGACUGCAAACACAAAAUGUGGCAAGCUAUCAGAGCCUCGUCUGCUGCCCCGGGCUACUUCCAGGAGUUUGUUUUGGGCAAAGACCUGCACCAGGAUGGAGGUCUCCUCAUAAACAACCCCACAGCUUUGGCCAUCCACGAGUGCAAGUGUCUGUGGCCAAGCACGCCACUGCAGUGUGUCUUGUCUCUGGGCACCGGGCGGUACGAGACCGGGGGUAAGAACGUGGCCACCUACACGAGCCUCAAGACCAAAAUCACCAACGUCAUCAGCAGUGCCACAGACACAGAGGAGGUCCACGCAAUGCUCGAUGCUCUCCUGCCCCCCGACACCUACUUCCGUUUCAACCCCUACAUUAGCGAAGACGUCCCGUUGAAUGAGAACCGCAUCGAGAAGUUGAACUUCCUCAAGUCCGAGGGUGAACGCUACCUGGAGCGCAACGAGGCCAAACUGAAGAAGGCAGCUAGCGUGCUUGGCCAAGAGAAGAGCACCGUCCAGAGACUGGCCGAGUGGGUGAAACUCAAGGCCUACACGUAUGAGGGCUUCCCCUUCUUGUCCAAGCUGUAGUUCCUACCAAGGCAACGUGGCGACCAAGAGUGAGUCUUGGAGGUACGAAGUUCUGCUGAGUAAAAGUCAGAAAACUGAGAAAUAAAGUGAUGAUCGAACUCUCUACUCUUUGAACACACUUAAGGGAGUAUGUUUCUAAUCACGGGAGCAUCCUUGUAAAAAUCAGCACGUUUGGACACCAUUCCUAAAUUAAUUUACUUGAAUGAUUGCAGAUAGGAAUGACGUUUACACAACUGUAUGAAUUUUAUACUUGAUAAAAUGUUAGCUUAAUUUAGCCUUAAUGCACAAGGACUAAUGUGCUGCUGUCUCACGUCAUGAAUAAUUGAUGCUAAUCUGAUGACUGCAGUUAUAUUGCACAUAAAUAAGAUUGAUAUUCAGUUUUAGUCUCAUGAUAUUCAGUAAUGGGAAUACAUUAAGUUAUAUAAUGAGAACUUUAUUGCUUGUAAGGAAGCACGAACUUGUCCAUAUGCACCGUGUAAAAUUUUUUAUCUCACCUAACAUGAUGAAACAUAAGAUUAAUUAUU